AUGGCCUUAGCAGCGGGCAGGAAACUCGCGUGCUCGCAGCUCUCGAAGCUGUCGGCUCCAUCACAACGAGCUUCUCUGAGCCUGAGACGAUAUGCUCAUGCUGCUGCCGUUCCAACCUCAUCUAGCCUUCCGGCCCAGGAACAGGCACAAAUCCGACAUGAAACCUCCGUUCCCAACCCAGAUCCUGCCCCAGACUCGCCCACCGCGGCGUUCCUCAAUCAAUCCGCUCCCUACAUGGUCCCUACCUACGUUCGCCCCCCACCUAUGAUGGUGCAAGGAGACGGAUGUUUCUUAUUUGACAACGAAAAUAGACAGUACCUGGACUUCACUGCUGGGAUAGCCGUCAACUCUUUGGGGCAUAAUGACCCCGAGCUCAAUAGGCUUAUCGCGCAUCAAGCUCAGAGGCUGAUUCAUGCGUCCAACCUCUACCACAAUCCGUGGACCCCCACACUGUCUAAGACCUUGAUUGAAGAGACACAGAAGCAGUCUCCUGGCUCUCAGCUGACUCAGGUCUUCAUCUCGAACUCUGGUUCCGAGGCGAACGAGGCUGCCUUGAAGUUCGCGAGGAAGGUCACAUAUGCUAAAGACCCAAACACAAAGCAGAGGGAUAUUGUGUCGUUUCAUGGAUCCUUCCAUGGGCGUACCUAUGGGGCUCUCUCUGCAACCCCGAAUAAGAAAUACCAACCUCCGUUUGGCCCAAUGCUUUCUGGUUUUCGUUAUGGUCAGUACAACGAUGUUGCGGCUGUCCCCGAAUUGGUGAACGAGAACACUGCAGGAGUCAUUGUGGAGCCCAUCCAAGGCGAAGGCGGCAUCAACGUUGCUACUGCCGAGUUUCUGCAGGCUCUCCGCAAGCGUUGUGACGAGGUCGGCGCAGUCUUGAUCUUUGAUGAGAUUCAGUGUGGUCUGUCCAGGACUGGAGAUCUCUGGGCCUACACUGCAACAGGAGUCCACCCAGAUAUCUUGACAUCUGCCAAAGCAUUGGGGAACGGUAUCCCUAUCGGAGCAACUAUGGUGUCGGGUAAGACCGUUGCACCGCACAUAAAGACGGGCGACCACGGCACGACCUUUGGAGGCAAUCCCUUCGCCUGCCGCGUGGCACAUCAUGUCUUCGGCCGUCUCGCAAAAUCCAAAAUGCAAGAGGAGGUCAGGCGCAAGUCGACAUUAUUCUUCAGCUUCUUUGACACAAUCAAGGAGAAAUUCCCUGGUGUUGUCUCCGAGGUCAGAGGCAGAGGACUGAUUGUCGGUUACCAACUCAGCGACUCCGCCAAGGACAAGGCCACAGAGAUCAUCACGGCAGCCCGAGAACGAGGUCUUCUGGUAAUAACCGCAGGGGACGGCGUCAUCAGAAUCGUGCCGCCUCUCGUCAUUUCUGACGAGGAGAUCAACAAAGGUCUUGCAGUUCUCGAGGAUGCCAUUCGCGUGGUGUUCCAGAAAGCAGGCGAAGUCGAGGGCACCGCUGGUCAGCAGGAAAUGGCUGCUCGCUGA